GCUCCUCCCUGGGGGUGUAGCACAGGAAGGGGUGGCGGUCGGCGGAGUCGCGCAGCUCCCUGCGAGGCGGGGAGUCCCCGCUGCCCGCUGUACUAUGCGUGUGUCUGGUGUUACAGCCAUGCUGCUGCACAUCGGCGGCCAGAGCGAGGGGCGCGGGGAGGAAAAGGCUGUUUACACAGCCUGCAAACCGCCCGGGGAAUAGUGCGGGAGAGGAAGUGAGCCGGGCCGCUGUCUGCCUGCCCCGGCUUCCUGCUCGCUCCCUCUCACGGGCAGGCGCUCGCACACACACACACCGGCCCAAGGGGGGGAGGAAAAAAGGAAAAAGGGAAAACAAGAUCAGGAUCUCAUUACUAGAGCAACAGAGAGCCUGCAAGAAGGCUGUCAGCAUGGAGAACCAGGGAAUUUUACUCGGUUCCCUCUAGACUACCGGGAGAGAGCGGAAAAGUCCCUCAGCCGCUGGUGCUUGCAGUAUACCACGUGUUUAUCUCUGAAGAUCUGCAGUGUUCCCUGCACUUCCUAUGUCCAAGUGACACAGAAAAGUUCUUCAUUAACAUCACUUCACAGAGGACUUCUAUUAGUGGGUUGAAGCCAGUCUUCAUAUGCUAAAGGGAGAGAGAGUAUUUGACAUGUGGGCUGCUUGCCUAAGUGAGGAAUUUGGGUAGACCCUUUACAGGAGAAUCAUCUCUCAGGUAUGGAGAGUGCAAUCACACUGUGGCAGUUCCUUUUGCAGUUGCUGCUAGACCAGAAACACGAGCACCUCAUUUGCUGGACGUCUAAUGAUGGUGAAUUCAAGCUACUCAAGGCAGAAGAAGUGGCUAAGCUGUGGGGACUCAGAAAAAACAAAACUAAUAUGAAUUAUGACAAGCUGAGCCGGGCGCUCAGAUACUAUUAUGACAAGAACAUCAUCAAGAAAGUGAUCGGACAAAAAUUUGUAUACAAGUUUGUCUCCUUUCCUGAGAUUUUAAAAAUGGAUCCACAUGCAGUGGAAAUCAGCAGAGAGAGCCUUUUGCUGCAGGACAGCGACUGUAAGAUGCCUUCGGAGGGCAGAGAUCAGCACAAGCACAGCUUGUCAGCACUGAAGAGCACAAGCCGUAAUGAAUAUAUCCACUCUGGCCUGUACUCCUCUUUCACUAUCAACUCUCUGCAGAACCAGCCAGACCCUUACAAGACAAUCAAAACAGAAAAACUGGAGAAGUCAGAAGGAAACACACCAGUUGAAGAAGUCCGGACUGUUAUCAGAUUUGUGACAAACAAAACAGACAAACAAGUGACGAGGCCCAUGGUGUCAUUGCCUUCUACUUCUGAAACAGCAGCUGCCUCUGCUUUCCUCAACUCUUCAGUAUCAGCUAAAAUAUCUUCCUUAAUGCUACCCAACAGUGCCAGCCUUUCAUCUCCAUCAUCCUCCUCCUCCAGGUCACCAUCUCUGUCCCCCUCCUCACCCCUCCCUACAGAACACAAGAGCUUCUUCCAUGACUCCAGCUGCCACGACUCAGAUUCCCUUGAGCCUCUGAACCUCUCCUCAGGCUCCAAGGCCAAAUCCCCAUCUCUUCCCCCAAAGGCUAAAAAACCCAAAGGCUUGGAAAUCUCUGCCCCACCUAUGAUUCUCUCCAGUACCGACAUUGGUUCCAUUGCCCUCAACAGCCCCGCGCUUCCUUCAGGAUCCCUGACUCCAGCUUUCUUCACUGCACAGACCCCCAACGGAUUAUUGCUGACCCCCAGCCCGCUGCUGUCCAGCAUUCACUUCUGGAGCAGCCUCAGUCCUGUUGCUCCUCUGAGUCCUGCCAGGCUGCAGGGACCAAACACUCUGUUCCAGUUUCCAACUCUGCUAAAUGGUCACAUACCAGUGCCACUCCCCAGUCUGGACAGAGCCUCUUCACCAGUACUGCUUUCUCCAAAUGCUCAGAAAUCCUGAUGACGCCUCCCACACCAAGGAUGUAUUGGUGGAUUUAACACUUCAUUCCUAUGGGCUAGUUUUUCCUGUGUCAUGAGAAGGACAUUGUGAAACCCUUUAUUACUUUGGUUUGCACUUUUCAUUACAUGGAUAAUCUACUUUUAUUAUGUUAGCAUUUUUCAACAGUGUUUAUAUAUAAAAGUAUAUAUAAAUCUGUUAUGCAUUAAAUGAAUUGUAAUUUUUUUAUAUCAUAGCUCUUAAGUGUUGAACACUUCUGUUGUUGAUGAAGUACUUUUCUUAAUGGAUUGGAACAAUGUAUCUAACAGGGAUGUGAAGCUUCUUUUUAAUCCCUUUUUCUGCAUAUUAUGCAUUGCGCUUGUGUAAACUGUAACCAGCUGUGCCUUCUUUUGCAUAAAGUCAUGUAAAUGAUUUAUAUAUUUUCUAGUAUUAAGAUAAAAAGUUGAAAGGAAAAAACGAGUAUUGAAAGCCCUGUGGUAGUAUUUCAGUAUUUUCUCCACGGAUAGGCCAUAUAAUGCAGUGUAUUAAUGUAACUUUGUAUUAAGUGCUUUCAAAUUGUAUAAAAAUAGCCUUUUUCUUUGCUGAAAUGAAAACGUAAUCUGUGUUACAGCCAGGAGAUGUAGUUCAGAGUAACAAAGCCACAUUUAGACAUUUAUGCCCAAGUUCUUCUGUCAAGUUGCAACAGAGAGGAACUGGGCUCUGUAUGUUCAUGAGAUGUUUCCAGCAUUUGAGAGUAUUUUUGUAGAAAAAGAGACAUUGCUUAGAAUUUAUUUGGCCUAUAUUUCUUAUGAACUGUCAACAUUACAGCUGGAAGGAGUGCAGGUAAUCUCUGUACUCCCAGGGAAUGAGGAUCAUUCCCAAUAGUUUCCAGGUGCUUUGUUCAGCUGUGCCAAGUGCCUUCUACUGCUUCCCUGGAAAGACUGUUGUAGCUACUCAAGCUCUGAAGGUCACAUUUCCCCUUCCCCCAAAGCUGCAAAAGUUACAGGUCUGUAAACUGAUGGCUGGUGCUUGCAAAGAGGCAGAGACUGUACAUGUGGGAUGUUAAUGUAUAAACAGCUGAAUUGUGGAUGAAAAGACAGCACUGUGUUACUGUAUACUUGCAACUUGAACUUACUGGGUAUGUCCUCUAUCUUGAGGGGAUGGUUUGGUCACAAAGAAGUCAGGUUAGGAUUAGGCCAGACUCCCUGGCACCACAGACUCUAAUCCUGGCAGGGCUGAUGCAAAUCUUCAGUUUCCUAAGGUAGCUAAAUUGGCUUGAAUGCAGCUUUACUGUGUCUUCGGUUUUUCAGAUGAGACCUUAAAAGCCAACCCCAAAUCUGAUCCCUGUUUGUGAUAGGUCAUUCGAACCUCAACUUUGCUUUCUGGCCAAGCAGCUGGCCACAGUCUGUUCUUUUUGAAAUGUAUGUAGUGAGUUGUCUGCUGAUUUUCUGCUUGGAUGCAUUUCAAUGAUGAUGUGUGUAGUUACUUGUAAAGUGCUUUUGGAUCCUUCAACCUGAAAGGUGCUAAAUAAACAUUUUAUUAAUGCAGUUCUGAUGUUGAAAAGCCAUUUUUGGGGCAGAGGUGGUUGACAAAAAACAGCAGGAAUCUUCCUCAAGCUCCUGGGUUGCACAACCAAAAGCUACUCAUGAGUUCCACUUGCCGUGAUAAAAACCUGCAGUUGCCAUGUAAGUACCAGCUGAUAAAAACAGCAACUGAAUCCCAGACAUGAGGAGAAAGAAUGAAGCUCUUGGGAUGUCAUUUGCUCGACUCAGCGUUUCAAGAGCUCAAGAUGUGCCACCCCACGGAGUCAAAAAGAGAAGAUGAACCUACGCAACAUUUAUGAGUGAAUGCAAAUUUUAUACAAAGUAAAAUCAGAAUAGCUUGAAAGGGCAGCAUGCAACUGAUGGGAUUGACAGGGUUAGUGGAGAUAAAUCACCAGGGCUUGCAGACUGAGCAUUUAUCUUACAAUGCAUUCCUCCCAAGUACAUGGAAUAUUUUACAACAAGUUACAGAGAGGCAAUUAUUUCACACUAGAGAGCUGACUCCUGUCUCAUUUUUAAAACCCCAUGAAUACCUACUUACACCUAUAAGACAUGAACAGCAGCAUAGUCUUGUCUUGUAUGUGCCGCUGCAGCUAAUGGGAGAACGCGGCAUCGAGACCGUGUUUCUCACUGUGAGUUUAAAAAGAUGAAAACAUGCUAGUAUGGAAUAUUACCCUGCAAAAAAUGAGACCAUGAGAGGAGGGACUGUGUGACAGAGAAGAGAUACUUAAAAGUACCCGGAUUUCCAUGAUUUUACUUCUUCCGAGGUUUUACUACUAAUAAGGCAGGUUCUUUCUCUUCUCAAAAGGCUCAACCACACCUACAGUUUCCCUCCCAUCCUCCAGCCCUUAAAUGAUUUUGGACUUUUUUUAAAGAUAGCAGAAAACAACAAUUCUGGGACAAAAUACUAUUUGAAAAAUUACUGGAAAGGAUCUGAGAGAAUCCAACAAAAAAAUGGAAAACAAAGUGGGAAGAAGUGCUGUCUUCUCAUCUUUGAGAGAAUAAAAAUAGCAAGAGAACACAUCUGCUAAUUGACUUUUCAGUUGAAAAAAAUACGCUGUCAAAAUCUGACUUCUAAAUCAGUCAAUAAUGUGGAAUAAAAAUUUUUGCUAUUGGGAAGUAUUUCUACAAAAAAAGUCCAGCCUCUCAAGUCUAACACUCAUAUGAAACACUCGACUGUUAUGCCUUUAUGCUUUUAAGAAAAUAUUCUGUUGGUAAUCUACUGAAUUUUGUUAACAGGUAUCUUUUUAACUGUAAAGAAAAAUCAAAUAAAUGUUUUUAAUUAAA